AUGAGAAGAAAAAAUACUUGGUCAGCAGAAUGUCUUUUAGAUGAAAAGAUAGAAAACGAAAAAAAAUAUUAUUUAGUGAAAUGGAAAGGUACUGAUAGAACAACUGGACAACAGUGGGAACCUACAUGGGAACCGGAUAGAAAUUGUUCUGCUGCUUUAAAAAAAGAUUGGAUGCUAAAACAACAAAGUGAUAAUACUCAUUCCAACAUGACAUCAACAAUAGAAACCGCACAAGAACCCAGCCAAGAGGCCCAUUCGCUAGGAAAUGAUGAUUUGAUGGAAAAAUCUCUCGAUGUUGAUAAUAUUCAUUACAACAUAGCAUUAAAAAUGCUUGAGAAAGAGCCCGACCAAGAAAUCCAGCCACUAGGAAAUGAUGAUUGGAUGGAAAAUUUUCCCAACAUUGAUAAUAUUCAUUACAACAUAGCAUUAAAAAUACUCGAGGAAGAAAUGACACAAGAAAAUGAUAAUUUGAUGGAAAAAUCUCCCAAUGUUAAUCAAAAUGAUGAAGUGAGACAAUCAAUGAAUAAGAGAAAAGCAACUGAUAUAUCAAAUAAUCUCAUAAAGCAACAUAAGGGAUAUUAUGAAAAAACAAAUACUAGGUAUGAAAACCUUAUAAAAUAUUUAUAUUCAUCAAAUGAAACUGUAAAAAUGGAAAUGAAGACAAUUCAAAAAAACCAAAUACUAUUGAAAAGAGAAUUGGAAAUAAGUCAGUCAGAAUUAGAAAAUAAAAAAACCCAUUUGAAAAGUUUACAAGAAGGAUACAUUACACAAAAGAGUCUUCUAUCAAUUCAGAAAAACCAAUAUGAAUUAUUGGAUGAGAGGUUUAAAAGGCAGAAUAAAAAAGAAUGCGAAAAAAUAAAUGAACUACAAAAAGAUAAUAUAAAGAUAUUAGAGGAGAUUGAGAGAUUGAAAACUUAUAGAGAAAGUGAAGGCCAAUCAUCAUCAUCAGACUUUUUAGAAAAUGAGAAUAAAAAUUUGCAAUCACAAGUGUAUCUUUUAAAAGCCCAAUGUAAAUUGAAUGAGCAAAGAUUGAAAAUGCCAAAAGAAUUGAUUAAAAGGCAUGAAUCUACUCUUAGGUUAUUGAUUGAUCAUAAAAAAAUAGUGUCAGAGAACAAUGUUCAAGACAAAAAUCUACCAAAAAUUCAUUGA